AUGAGCGGCUUCGAGGUCGCGGGGGUUGUCCUCGCGCUGUUUCCGAUUAUAGUGGAUGGGGUGCGUACCUACAAGCAUCUCACAAGCGGCCAAUCACUCGAGUACUUGAUCAAAGACAUCCUUGCAGAACAAAUAAUAUUUCGGAGCUGGAUGGGGCAUCUGUUAAUGCCAAGUGUGUCUGUCGAAGCGCUGAGGGACAUGCUCGACCCUAAAUCGAAUAAAUUUGGCCGCUGGCAAGAUCCGGGCCUGCAGUCAGCGGUCCAGCAAUCAUUUGGGACGACCACAACAGCAUUUCUGCUGGUUACGCUCAAUGAUAUUCACAAAGAGCUGUGCGCCAUCAAAAAGGCGCUCAGCUACACGACACUACCAGAUGCGAAUACAAUAGGCAGCCGCUUCAGCUAUACCUUUCAAACAGCUCGACACACACGGGAAGACUCGGGGGUGAGGAAACGACUUCAGCGUCUUCAAGAGCUCAAUGCCAAGUUAGGACAGGUCUUCGCAGUUCCCAAAGCGAACGCGGCACCCAGCGCCAAUGCAUCGGCCUGCCUCCCCUCUGUCUCGGGCCUAGAGCAUGCUACCAAUGUCUACCAAACCAUUCGCAAGAGCUAUCAGUGCAAUUGUGAGGGUCCUCAUCUGACAAAGCUUCGCCUUCCGCCCUUGAAAAGACGGAAGAUUCGCUCUUACCAUGCGAGGGGCGACCGCAAGAAACCUGUUUUGAAUUUAUUGUUCUCGGUCGAAGAGCCUGGGGAUGACUAUGAAUCAAUACAAGCGCCUCUCAGGAUUCAGUCUGCCAGCCCCACAAGGCCUUCUGACCACAGUCUGGUGUCAACGGGCACAUCUGAUGAAGACUUUCGGAUCGAAACGAGUCGAUUUGCUAUGUACAAACGAGCAUCGAGUUCUGAGCUGUCUAAAAGCUUUUCCGACUUGUCAUUGGUGGGCAGCAACAUUUCUACGAACACCACUGUGACGAAAUUUAGCGGCUCAAGAAGCUGUUCGAUUUCCGUGGUCAAAUGUAUAAACCCCGCUGUAGAACAAAUAGUCGACUUGUGCAAGACAAUUAAGUCUGUGGACGUUUCCGAAGGUGGGCAGCAAGACAGCAAAAGCAUUGGGGCAUUACCGACAGUGGGCACUGAUACUUAUGAGCUGUUGGCCGAUCAAUCGGAGAAGGAUUCAUCGGUGCAGAACAUGACGACGUUGGAGGACAUCUUCACAAGUAACUCAUGCAAGCUGGCCAGAGGAGUUCGCGUUGAGCUCGCUGUGCACUUAACUACUGCAGUCCUCCAACUUUGCUUGACUCCUUGGAUUACCAGCUCAUGGUCUUGGGGAGACUUCUCAAUAGCGGGUCUGGAAGGCCGACAGCUCGACAAUCUCAGCCUCUUCAUAACCCAUCAAUUCUAUUCGCAAUACAAAGGCCAUUCAAUAUCUUCCAUUUCUGACCAAAGUGACUCAAGCCUUCUGAGGCUGACUCCAGGGGAGCCCGCUGUUACGCGACUGGGUUUCGCGCUCAUUGAACUUGCAUUUGGCAAACGUCUUGCCAGUAUGCAAGGCCAAUUUCAGAACAUUAGCGGCGAUCCUUACUAUCGGGAUCUCGCAAUCGCCGCUGCUUUGAUGAAUUCGGGCUGUAUUCUACACGAAGAAGGUGUUCGAUACCAUCAAGCGGUCUUGACCUGCCUGAAACAAGAGGUGCAAACACCAGAUGGCUACGGCAAGAAGUCACUCAGCUUCAAGGACCCCAUCUUCCAGCAGGAUGCUGCGAACGCGAUCCUCAAGCCUCUUGUCGACUUGUGGACUGAUUUUGGGGGUGGAAGUGAGCCGUUGGCAUAA